AUGGCGAAUCCCUCCCAUGUGUACGAUGCCGUGCACGCACUGGGCAAGCGCUGGCCCAGCUCUGUAGCUCUGGACUCUCUCUCUGCUCUCUCUCUCUCUCUCUCUGCUCUCUCUCUCUCUCUCUGCUCUCUCUCUCUCUCUCUGCUCUCUCUCUCUCUGCUCUCUCUCUCUCUGCUCUCUCUCUCUCUCUCUCUCUCUCUCUCUCUGCUCUCUCUCUCUCUCUCUCUCUCUCUCUGCUCUCUCUCUCUCUCUGGCCGGCCGAGGUGA